GUUCCGUCAUCUGUGUCGGCUGAUUACGUGUAGCUUGCCUACUAGCAGCACAGCUAGCAAGUCAAACCAGACAGCGCUAAUGAGUGAGUUCGUAUUGACUGUCACGACCAUAGCUAUCCACUGAGGGUACAGAGAAGAAAAGGUCAACGUACGGCCAUUAAGAUUAUUUGGAAACGUCACGGACUGGUACUUUAUCCAAGUUAACAUGCAGUAGCAGGAUGUCGCCCGAACGGACCUGUUUGGAGCAGUACUGCCUGAGGACGCCGCUGAGUUUCACACCGGAGAACGAGGGGCCAUAGACUCAUGCAUCCCUGGGAGGCCCUCAGUCCACACAAACUGCCAACUGCACUCAAAAAGACGCGCUGAAAGGAACGACAUGUUUGCCAAGCUGAAAAAGAAGCUCGCAGAGGAGGCGGCCACAGCACCUCGGGGUGGCGUUCGUAUACCACGCACCAUCAGCAAGGAGUCCAUCGCCUCCAUGGGGGCGGACUCGGGGGAUGACUUUGCCUCUGAUGGCAGCAGCUCCAGGGACGACCUGCCUGCUCAGCUUCUCAGAAGGAAUGACCUGAUCCGGAAGCUGGAGGCCAAGCUCUCAGACUAUGCUGAGCAGCUGCGAAUUAUGCAGAAGACCAAGGAGAAGCUUGAAAUUGCAUUAGAAAAGCAUCAGGAUUCAUCCAUAAAAAAACUUCAGGAGCAGAAUGAGUGUCACCAGGCCAGCAGAGCCAAGAUGGCAGAGGGGAUGGCGUUAGCUCUGGAGAAGAAGGACCAGGAUUGGAUGGAGAAGAUGACUGGCGUGGAAAAGGAGAAGGCUUCCCUGGCAGCCCGGGUAGAGGAGAUGAUGGAGCACAGCUUAGCACUCUUCCAGAAAAGGGAUGACCGUGAUGAACUGGAAGGCUUUCAGCAGCAGGAGAUGGCUAAACUUAAACAUAUGUUGCUGAAGAAGGAGGAAGAGCUGAGUUUGCGGGAUCUGGAGCUCCAGCUGAAGGAAGCUGAAGUUCAGUCGGCAAAGCAAGGGCUGUUGGAGGCUAGGAAGAAACUCCAGACUCUGGAACAGCAGCAUGAGGAGAGCUGCAGUCUCAACUCUGGGCUUGAGAUAGAGCGAGAGGAGCUGCUGCUGCUCCGAGAAGAGGCAGACCAGAAGAUCCGUGAGCUGCAGUCAGUCCUCCAGCAGGUCUCUGAAGACUUCCAGAAGUCACAGAGUGUGGUGUCCACGUUAGAGACGUCCUUCCAGGAGUUACAGACUGAGCAUGACGCCCUGAAGUUGCAUCAACAAAAGGCCGCUGUGACAGAGGUGGACAAGGAGCGCUUGUUAUCGGACCUUCAGAAGAAAGUGGCGUCUCUGGAGAGACGGCUCCAGGGGAACCUGAGCCAGGACGACCAUCUACAGGAGCUUCUCCAUGAGAAGUCCGGCUUGGAGCAAAGUCUGGAGGAGACCAGAGCAGAGCUGCUGCAGGUUCGGACCGACCACGCUGAUACCGUCAGCUCUCUGGAGACUCAGCUAUCCAGAAUGAGCUGCAGCAUCACUGAGCUGCAGAACCUCCUCCGACACAAAGACGACUCGUCCAGAGCCUACAGAGACAGGACGGACAGACAGAUAGCUAAUUUGGAGCAGAAUGUCCAAGAGAGUGAUGAGAGGCUGAAGAGUGCAGAGCGCCAGGUCACAGAGAAACAGCAGCAUGUGGAUGAACUGCUAGCGGAGUGGAGUGCAGAGAAGGCCUUUCUGGACCAGCAGGUGUGUUUGCUUCAGCAGCAGAGCCAGGAUAAGGCCAGCCGCCUGGAGGACAGCGUCAGCUCUUUACAGGCUGAAAGACAGAGGCUGCAUGACAGACUGGCUGUUCUGGAUCAGCAGAAGGACGAGGUAACCUCCUCCCUCAGUCAGCGGACAGAAGAGUUGGAGCAGAGCCGGGCCGAGCUGAACAGUCGGCAGACUGUGAGCACGGAAAUUGCCAAAGCGCUUGAAGAAAGCAGGCGCCAGAAGGAGGAGCUACAAACGCAAGUUGGAGAGCUCACCACAUCACUACAGACCUCCCUGCAGGACCUUUCCACAGUCACUGAGAAGCUAGCAGCGAGCGAGGAAGACGUACAAACACUACAGAAGGAGGUGCAGUGGUGGCAGGCAGCAAUGGUCCAGUUGCAGGAGGAGGUGGAGCAGCAGCGCGCCCAGCUGGAGCAGAUGGAGCUGGACAAAGAGUCACAGCUGAUCAGCCAGACGCAGCAGCUGGAUGGCUGCCAGGCGCGGAUCUCAUACCUAGAGGUUGAGGUGGAAACCUUAACGGAGCAGCUGCACGGCCCUGAGGUGUGUGAGGAGGAUCAGAACGGCAGUGUGACGGUGGAUGACCUGGAUCACAUUCAGAAGGUCAACCGAGAGCUCGAGCAGCAGCUCUCUGACAAGAAUAGGACCAUCAAGCAGCUGCAGCAGAGACUGGCGGAACUGAAAAGGACGCUGCAGAAGGAACUUAAGCUAAAACCUGAGCCAGAAGCUGAAGGGAAGGAGAAGUUUUCCGAAAGCAGAGUAGAAAAAACAGAGAGGGUUUGUCCAGACCCGCUCCCAGCAUCUACCCUCAGACCCCCGACCUCCAAGACCAUGGUGACCAACACCUCAGACCUCAACGACUCGCGAGAAAUCAAUUUUGAAUAUCUCAAACACGUCGUACUCAAAUUUAUGUCCUCCAGAGAGGCUGAGGCAUUCCAGCUCAUACGAGCUGUAUCUGUGCUGCUGAACUUCACCCGGGAGGAAGAGGACAUGUUGAAACAAACUCUUGAGUACAAGAUGUCCUGGUUCGGAUCCAAGCCUUCUCCAAAGGGGACCAUCCGCCCUUCAGUCUCAGGCAAUUCUACUCAGUGGAGCUGAUGCGCCGCAGGAGGAGAUAAGGAAACCAAAGAGCCGCUUGAGGAGCAGGAAGCCCCUCUGCUGUCCACUUUGGACAGCCUGCACGGGCCUUCCUCCUCUGUGGGGACAGACAUCUUCAUAAUCACGUGACAACUUUAAAAGGACUUUAUUUCCUUGUCAGUGGUUCAGGCAGACUUUCGGCCAUAUAGAAGGUCAAAUGACACACUCUAUUAACACUGGAAUUUUGACAGUCAAAUAUUUCUUCCCUUACCCAUGUCAAAAAUAGGUUUUCAAUUCUGUGAAAACCGCUAAAAGUGAGUUAGCAGGUCAGAAAAUGAGCAUAUGAAAGAACGAGGUGCCUCAUUCCCAUGGGUUUUUGUUGGAGCAGACUGAAAUAGGACUUGAUAUGACUGUUUUCACUGGACUAAUGGUGCAGCGUCGAUUGCUGAAAGACAUUUUAACCUGUUAGCUGGUACAUGUUUAUAUUUAAAUCACAGAGGGCUUCUUAAUGAAAAUACCUGUCACGGGUCAGUUUUAAAGCCUUAGUUUCAAAGGAUCUAAAUUGGUUUUCAUUUAGACUUGAAGCCUGUAGAAAUGCGAGGGCAUUGAAAGGGCUGUGUGUCGCCUGUGUUCUGAUGCCCAGCCAAUAUUAGUUAAUAGAAGACUUUGUUUCAAGGCUCUCAGCACAAUCAAAUGAAUCUGUUGCAGUUCAUGCCCACAGCAUCCCCAAAUUCAUGAUUUUUCUUGAGAAAGUAUAGCUCUUUGUGAUUGCUGAUUAAUGAUUCAUUUGGAAUCAUCACAAUUACGAUGGGACCUUUGGGGGUGUUGGUUUUAACAGAACCUCCUUGUAUUGUCUUCUUGUACUUCUUUUUAAAAGGGCAUUUUCACACUGGGGUUCCACUAGUCUUUUCAUAGCGACUCCUGUCAUCCCGUCCUACCAGACCACAUGCCGAGGUGGCCUGGCUCACAUUGAGUUCAGGUCCCAGUGAGGUGUGGACAGCAUGUGGACAAAAUCCAGAUCACCGUGGACUUUAUCCAACGUAGCUCUCCGUUCCCAUCCCCCCAGACACACAGGUUUCUCUACUGAGGUGAGCGGGGAAGAAUCAAAACGUGUGCAGCUGCUUCGAAAUAAAUGAUUUGAUUAACAACUGGGGAGUGAAGAAUGUGAAGGUAAAUGGGUUUUAUCGUCAGAUCAGUAGAGCCUUGUUAACGGCCAUCCUCCAUUAGAACUGGUCUGCUAGUACUGUAUAUAGGAAGAGAAGGCAGCUAAAAGGAUCUGGGGCUUUUAUUGUGAAAAAUGUAUAGACCAACCGAACAUAGAAGUCUCAUUGAAAAGAGUGAAAUCCCUACUAUAUGGUUUGGCACAUGUGAUUUAAGCUUAUACGAAUAUUUUAUUAGAAUACGGUUAUUUAUAAGAAUAUGACAUGUACAAAAACAUAUUUUUAGUUAGUAAAGAGUUAGGACCGGGCUCUGGUGGGUGAAGGGAGUCUUCGGCCUACGUGCUGUAGCUCAACAGCUCAUUUCAUUGGGUGGUAAAACCUAAGGAACAGGAAGUGCUGCUUUGAAAGAACAGUCUGCUACUUGGGAAACCAACAUGGCACAUGCCAAGCUGUCUGUGCACAGAUUGUCCUUCAACACCAAUUUAGACUAUGGUUGUCCCUUUGGAUAUUAUAACAACGUGCUUAAAUAAGAAAAUGCAAUGUAAAUGAUGACUGGAGGACAUGAUCUACCUUUACCUGCCUUUACUAAUGUAAAUGAAAGUACAUUCCACAUAUCUAUUUAUAUAGAAAAAUAUGCACAUAGGGUAUGUAAUUACAACUUUAUAAAUCAGUGGAUGUAAAUGGUUUGUGACCGGUUUGCAGUAUUUAUCAUCAUCAUAAUCAUAGACCAGAAUCCCAUACUAUCGUCUCCCUGUGAUGCCAGUGACUUCAGGAGGUUUGCCUCAACAGCAUGGGGAGGAUCUGCAUGGUGUCUCCUUGCAGCAGCCUGCUCAUACAUCUACAAGUAUCUUAAUUUACAAAAGCCACAGCAUUCUGUAUUUAAUUGAAAUACAGCCGACUCAACCCAAAAGGAACCAUGAAUGCACUUUUUAAACCCUGAACCACAACUGUUCAUUACAGCUUUUACUUUUCAUCAUUUAACCAUAUCUGCCAGUGGACUGGUUUCCUCAUCCAACAGUUAGUAAUAAUAAACUUGAAAGGGUAAAA